AAAAUGUGGUCAAGACUCGUGAAAAAUGAAUUAUCAAAGAAGUUAGUAUCAUGUAACUGGAUGUCUCUGUUGUUCAAUUUACCUGACAAAAUGUUUGCGGGAAACGUUGUCCAGCUGAAUGGGAAUGACAGUAAGGCUGUGUCUCUAGCAAUAGAUUGUCUGAAGAAUGGUAAUAUCAUCGCCAUUCCAACCGACACUGUUUAUGGACUAGCUGUUGAUGCUUCCAACUCAUCUGCUGUAGCUUCACUAUACAGUGUGAAGGAGAGGGACAUCAGUAAGCCUUUGGCUAUUUGCGUUAAAAAUGUGAGUGAGAUUGAAAAGUGGGGAGUUACAAAAGAUCUGCCAUCAGGACUGUUAAAGAGUCUUCUUCCAGGACCUGUAACCGUUUUACUGAAUAGAAAGGAGAGACUGAAUCCUGAUUUGAAUCCAGGAGUGAAGAAAGUUGGAAUCCGUGUACCCGGAAUGACGUAUCCAUUCAUCCACUUAGUGACAGCAGCUUUGGGACGUCCUCUAGCACUCACCAGUGCUAACUUGAGUAAUGAACCCAAUUGCAUCUAUCCAGAAGAGUUUAGAGUUCUCUGGCCUAAGUUAGGAGCAGUGUUUGUUACCAGUGUAAAACAGUUAGAGGAGACCAACAAAUCUAGAGAAGGUUCCACCAUUGUGGAUUUAAGUGUUGUGGGUAACUUUACUAUAACAAGACGGGGCAUUGCUUAUAUUCAAACCCUAGAAAUAUUAAAAAAAUAUGGACUCGUGGAGAAUGUGUAAAUAUUU